CUCACGUCAUGAGAGAGUAUUUCAUCAGGGCCAGAUUGGCUGAGGUCGACUUUGAUUCCUUCACUAACCUCAUACCAAGCUCUAUUCGACAUUAACUGUCCUGCUACAGAAGUUCCGCGAAAUGACUACGGAGAACAGCCCCCAGAAUGACGUAGCGAUGCACGAAGCAACAGAAGCAACAUCCAGCGAUAUCCAGCUAACACUCACCCAUCACGGAAAGCCAGUAACACUGUCAUUACACCGAGAUGCCACCCUGCAAGAUCUCUCAGACAAAGUAGCUACCGAGCUCUCAAUACCACCUCCGAAUCAAAAGUUCCUCAUCGCGAAACUCGGCCUCCAGAAGCCGCCGUUCAAGGAUGCGACCAUACCCGUCUCCUCACUCGCCUCAAAGAAGAUCACGCUUCUCGGAAGUACCACUGAGGAGGUCUCCUCCUUGAGCGCCAGUAUAUCCGCCGCCGUAGCACCUCGCAGAACAGGUCCCGUGAAAGCCGCCACUCCAGCUCGAACGCGGGACUGGAAGAAGGUGCAAGACGAGGCGCAAUAUACAUUCCACACUCUCCGUCCGCUACCAUACCUCCCGAAUCCUGAGCGAUCGCUCCGCUUCCUCGAACGGCUUCGCGAUGACCCCGGAAUCAAGGCCGCGAUGCGGAAGCACAAGUUCAGCGUUCCUCUGUUGACGGAGAUGGAUCCGGCGAUGCAUACAACGCAUGAGUCACGAACUCUUGGAUUAAAUAGGAACAAGGGGGAAGUUAUCGAGCUGCGGUUAAGAACCGAUGCAUAUGACGGGUAUCGGAACUACAAGACGAUACGAAAGACGCUGUGUCACGAGUUAGCGCAUAAUGUCUGGGGUCCGCAUGACCGCAACUUUUGGAAUCUGUGUACGCAGAUUGAAAAGGAGGUUAUGAGAGAUGAUUGGACAGCUGGAGGGCGGAGCGUUGGGAACGAAGAGUAUGCCCCAGGCCCAGAGGAAGAUGUGUAUGAUCAUGGGGGCUGGACGGGAGGGGAGUUUGUCUUGGGUGGUGGCGGGAGUGAUGCGGGUGUCAUUAGUAGUGCUGGAGGUGCGGUCUCCGCUGGGAACCUGAGCAGGCGCGACAUACUAGCUCGAGCCGCAGAAGAACGCAUGCGAAGGUCGAAACGGGCGAAAGAGGCUGAGGAGCGGGAGCACAGGACUGCCUCAUAGGGUGUCCGUCCCCGCAUUUGGCAUUCUUUGUUCGACGACUUCCCAGCACAGGUAUACACCGUCAUUGGCUUGACGACCAUGUUCAUUGUCUGUUUCUUUCAUGUUUCGCAUAGAGCAUAGCCAGUACCCUAGAGCACGUCAGAGUAAUUCACAACUUCCGGACCCCCA